AUGUCUCUCCGCAACGACACCGAGAAGACGCUCUAUGCGGAGGAGGUCGAGCACACGGCUGUGUUCGAUGAGAAGACCGAUGCCGCGAAGUUCAAGGCUGGCGCCAUCGAGGCCGAGAAUGCCGAGCAUAACAUGACGGUAUUGCAGGCCGUCCGCGCUUACCCCAUGGCCUCAUUCUGGGCUUUCGUCGUCUCAUGCACCAUUAUCAUGGAGUCGUACGACGUCUUCCUGCUAGGCAACUUCCUCGCCCUGGACGCGUUCACCAAAGACUACGGCGUCUUGACCUCAACCGGCGAGUAUGUCGUGGUAACCAAGUGGCAGUCUGCUCUCCAGGUCUCAGGACAGCUCGGUGCGCUCAUCGGUGUCUUCCUCGCUGGUCCUCUCACCAGUGCCAUUGGAUACCGUUGGGCCAACAUCUCCGGUCUCAUGCUCCUCAACGUUUUCAUCUUCUCUUUCUACUUCGCCAACUCGCUGCCGAUCAUGUUCGUUUCUCAGCUACUCGAAGGCAUCCCUUGGGGUAUCUUCAUUGCCAAUGCGCCUGCUUACUGCAGUGAGAUCGUCCCCAUUCAGCUUCGUGCUCCCGCUACUCAGAUGCUCCAGAUGUUCUGGGCUAUCGGUAGUAUCAUUGUUGGCGCCGUCACCUACAGAUACAACCAGCACGAGUCCAACGAUGCGUACAGAAUUCCAAUUGCGCUGCAGUGGAUGUUUCCCACUCCUCUUGCUAUUCUGAUCUUCUUCUCUCCGGAGAGUCCUUGGUGGUUGACUCGAAAGGGACGCUUUGAUGAAGCGGCAAAGUCAGUCGAGCGCCUAGGCCGCAAGUCUGCAGUCAACUCAACCGAGUCUGUUGCUAUGAUGCGUCGUGUCAUUGACAACGAGCUGAGCGAUAAGAAGCCAAACCACAUCGAACUGUUCAAAGGCACUGAUUUGAGACGUACCCUCAUCGUCUGCGGUGUCUACGCGGCUCAGAACCUCACUGGUAACCUCAUCGCCAACCAAGCUGUCUACUUCUUCAGACWGGCUGGCGUUGGUACGAACACCGCAUUCGCACUCGGACUGAUUACCUCGGCCCUGCAGAUGAUCUUCGUCAUGCUCUCCUGGAUUCUUACCAGCUACUUCGGUCGUCGAUCCAUCUACCUCUGGGGUUCUGCUGCGAACACCAUCCUCUUGAUCGCUCUUGGCGUCGCAGCUUCGAUCGGUGACCCCAAGAGUCACUCGGCCGCGCUGGCACAGGCAUCUCUGGGCUUGAUCGUUUCUGUGCUCUUCACCCUGGGACCUGCGCCCGCCUCGUGGGUCAUCAUUGGUGAGACAUCGGCUAUCCGCCUUCGUCCGUUGACGACCGGUAUUGGUCGUGCUUCCUACUACAUCAUCGAGAUCCCUUGCAUCUUCCUCGCCUCGUACAUGCUCAACCCCACCGGUGGCAACCUGGGUGGAAAGUGUGGUUACGUUUGGGGCGCCACGGGCCUGUUCUGCUUGAUCGUCGCAUACUUCCAGCUGCCUGAGAUGAGACAUCGCUCCUACCGCGAGAUCGACAUCAUGUUCAAGCGCAAGAUCCCUGCUCGCCAGUGGAAGAAGACUGUCAUCGAUGUGGAGGAUGACGAGUAG